CUCGCAACAGACACACUCACACACAGUGUGCCUAAGCAAAGAGACGCUCAGCGCCAAGUCUCAGACCUCCUAAAGUAGGAGCGAGAAAGUAGAAGCUACUGUAGCCUAUCAGCUAUCAAAGGAGUAAAGAUUCUCCCCCAGGAAUUAACGCAAACACUGACCGGGCAAAAGACUGCAGAACUCGGACUGAUUCGACCAUGCAACGGCAGUGGAUCUUUAUAAAAUCCAUAGAGCAAGCAUCAGUGUCAUGAAGUUGAAAAGGGACUGAACUUAAAUUGGCUUUUUAGCUUUUGCGUCUGCAUAUGCAUUUUAAUCGUUUCAGUUUUUAUCGAGUUGCGACGUUUCUUCGUUGUUAGGUAACUUUUUGUGCACAAAUCCAACGUGCGUCCUGGAGGACUAUAUUUUAGAUUACUACGGGAAAGGCUGUAUUUUGUUUCGGAUAGACAUUUUCAUCAGGACCGAGAAAUGGUUCUGCUUUCGUAGGUGUGGGAAUCUGAAGAGGUGCAUUUUGCCAAAGAGAGUACAUCUGAAUGUGUGGACAAUUUCAGUGAGCUUCUAACAGAACGCUGGACUUUCGCUGGAACUGAAUAGAAAGUCGCACGACCUCUCACUCCAUGGGAUUCUGCGCUUGCAUUUGGACUUUCUCAAACUCGAGCGCUUUAGGCCACGUUGAAAAAGCCACGUUUAUAGAAGUCGUGCGUAAAAAUAACAUUGGCCAAGACAGCCCUCAUUGCCGGGACCGUGACAUUUAAAACUUGGUGAAGUACUCUUUUGUGCGCCCUUCUCUCUCGGGGCGUUCGGGAUCUAUUUUGUCUCUGAGGAGAACGCGGAUCUUUAGAAACACUUCAUUCCAUGCAGCCCUCGCUUCACCCACUGUCAUCCAGUCUAGACAAUUUGUCGUGGCUUUGAGUGUCCCUACCGUAACCAUGACAACCACAAGAAACCCAAAGUGAAUUUGAGGAAAAGAUUGAAACGGGAGACUGGGUGAAAAGAGUUUUACCAUUGUGUUUUGUGCUGUUUUUGAUAAAGGCUAAACUUUCCCCCCUCCCCUUUUUUACAAAGAAGAGGCACCCUUUGCGUUUUACAAGAUUGCAUCAGCAGGCAAAUCUAAGAGGCAUAUUGCUAAGCAUCCCUAUAAAGAAACUCCAUGUCAUUCAAACCCGACGUGGUCUAUUAAAAGUAUAGUCUUGCUCGUGCCUCUACUUCGACUAUUUAUGAAGCCCCCAGGCAACUCAUUUGAAAGUGCACAGUAGCGGUGAAAAUAAAAACAUUUUAAUACACCAGAAGAGCCUUUUCGUAAACAAGAUAAAUAUGGGCUUCUCACAGACGCUACUCGUGUAUUUUGUGGUGUCCAUUCACCUUGGAGUUUCUCAACAUUAUCUACGCUUGCGCCCAUCGCCUAGCGAGCACCUUCCCGUGCCAGACCUGAAGGAGGACCCCGACCCGGAAUACGAUCCCCGGGAACAGGACAUGCCUGAGAGGACUCUGCGGAAAAAACUCGGCAGCAACUUUGAUCAUAACUUCAUGUCCAUCAGCUCGCCUAUGAUGGUGAACCUCUCCGUGCAAGACACCCAGAUGAAAAUGCAAGGGCCCAUGCCUAACGAGAUUAAAAAGCUGGAUCUCGCAGAGACCCCCUACGGAAAGCGGGUAAAACUGGGCAAGAAGGCCCGGAGGAAAUUUCUGCAAUGGCUUUGGACGUAUACGCACUGUCCAGUGGUGUAUACCUGGAAGGAUUUGGGCGUGAGGUUCUGGCCACGCUACAUCAAGGAGGGCAACUGCUUAAAUGAGCGCUCUUGUUCCUUCCCGGAGGGGAUGGUUUGCAAACCUGUCAAGUCAAUCACCAAGACUUUCCUCCGGUGGUAUUGUCAAGGGUUUUUAAGACAGAAAUACUGUACGUGGAUACCGGUGCAAUACCCAAUCAUCUCGGAGUGCAAGUGCUCUUGCUGAGUUUCAAUGGAAGGAGUAGGGUCGGAAAGGGGGCUGGAAAUAAGCGGUUUCUAUUGCACUGUAAACUCUGGACAGAGGUGGGCACCAUAGCGAAUCUAUUUUUUUAUAUAGCAUUUUAAUGGAAAUGCCAACAUUGUACAUAUUUAAGAAAAAUGCAGCUAUUUUUUUUAAAAAUGAACAGGACCAUAUUUUAUUUCAUCCCUGAAACGUGUUUUGGGGGGAACACAAGCACUUCAGAAAGAAGAGCUUUUAUUUUUUAUGAAAAAUUAAAGAUGGAAUGCAUACAACUUCUCCAAGAAGUUAACUUUUUUCAACUGAACAUUGAUGCUGACUGUUAUUUCACUGCAAUGCUGCCUAGAGUUUUUGUAUGAUAUUAAUAUCAAUAAUAAUAAAUUUAAA